AUGUCCAAUCCACCUUUGUUUCGUGACCCAUGGGCGAAGAGGGAAGCAUGGCGAAAAUCCCCUGUGUUCACGAACCAUGCCAUGAUUUCUAGCGUGUUUCCAGGGCUUGGAAUAACACUAGUAGCGUUUACCGCGUAUGUGAUAGUUGAUAAUUUCUACUCCAAAACGCAACCAAGGCAGAAGCGCUGA